AUGGAUCUCAGCAUUGACCCGAAUAUUCAACACCACCAUCAUUCGGACAACUCCACCGAGGAUGUGGACACCAAUACGUCUCCGGUGGAUAGUCACGUGGUAACAUCCUCCGAUGCUCCUGGAGAUGGGAAUUUGGACCAUGUGUUUACCCUCAACGAAUAUAUGAAGAGCGAUAAUGAUGAAGAAGUGGACGGAGGUGAGAGCAACGAGCUUGAGAUGAUCGACUUCAGCGUUGGUGAUGAUGCUAGCGAUAAGUCUACGGGCCUCGUGGACCCCAAACCAUCGCUUGUGGAGUAUAAGCACAAAGAGAAAGCACAACGGCUUGGCCGGCCCCGUAACCAUGUGCUAAACAACAUAAAGACGUCACCGGAAGAGUCCAACCAGAAUGAGGAAAAGUCAAAGUACAUGUUGUACCGGCUUGACGAUCAACCAGUUGAAGGACCUGGUUCUCGUGGCGGUAAGGGUGAUGUCCGCCAGAAGAAGGGGAAGAUCACGUCCGAUACGUUACGCAAACGGAAGCAGAAGCAGGCCCAGUUGUCGUUUGGAAGUACAGGUAUUAAGCUUCUAAAAAAAGACACCCAUGAGGAAGAGAUUGAUAAAGAUGUCACCACUGAAAAAGGUGUGGUUGCACCUGAGAAGAAGAUAGUGAAAGUCGAACAAAACCCAAAGCUGGUGGUGGCCCUUGAUACAGAAUCUGCUUCAACAGAAGCACCAAAAAAGGCAAACAACUCAGUUGCCAAGUCUGGUGAAAAGAAAAAGCCCUCCAAGGAAAAACAUGUGGUUUCAGCUUCCCGUACAACAGUGUUGAACGGUCGAAAUAAGCUUACGAGGCAGUUUCCGGGACCUGUGAUAGGUUUGUACUAUGAUCUUUAUGAUGAGAAUGUCAUGAAUAGUGCUGAAAAUAAGAUUGCCAGUACAGAGGAACUUGCUCUUGGGUUCAAUGUUAAGAAAGCCCCCUAUGCAAGCGACGUUAUCUUUUUGGUUUCCUAUAUCUCCAAGUUCAAAGAUAUAAUUGCCCUUGGAAACAUAGGACCUCAAGAUAUUGAGAAAGGUAUAUGCUUAGAAGAUGAGGCCGAAGAACCCCAAGAAGUGUCUCCAUUAAUGAACGAGUUAUUCUGCAGACUCGUCACCCUUGUACUCAAUAGAAAGCCAGAUGUCAAUCCGAAGUACCAAGGAAAAGCUGUGUCAGAAUUAAAAGCUGUCUGCACCAGUCUUGGUCUUCCUUAUGAGUGGAAAGACUCCAACGAAAUGUACCAGAAGUUCACCGUUGAAGAGGACCCUGCCAAUAUUGUGGAUGAAAGUAAUCCCGACAUUUUGAUUAAAGAGGGAUACGUGUUCAAGCCACCAUAUGUAUAUGAGAAUCCUUUCAAUGAUAAGCAAGGAUUUGAGAAGCUUGGUUUUCCAGGAAUCAGUAGUGGAAUUGACAGAUUAAUUAUGCUCAGAACCCUUGCUCAGUGGUCUUUGACAGCGUCGAAUGAGAUCAAGGCAGCUAUAGUAGAUUUUCUUCAGAAACAAGAUAUUCCUGGUGACAAGGAGACGUUUUAUGCUUCUAGAGCCGUAUUGAAAGGAUUCAAGCAUACGGAGGAUUUGACCACAGAAAUUAACAAUAAAAUCGCUAAAAAGAAGUACAGUGAAGACAACGAGCUGGUGGCUCGAUAUGUGGAACCAGUAGCAGAUCCCAUGGACCAUCCGUUGCGUCUUCGAUUGGAUGAGAUGAUUGCUGGUGAUGUGGGGUUUAAUGUUGGCAGAUUCUUCUUUGUUCGAGUUUCAAAUGAAAGUGAUGGAGGUGUCAGUUCUGUAAAGAAGAUGAAACAUAUUUGGUCUGAUUUGAGCCUGAUGCGAGCAUCUUAUGCUUCUAGGUUCAAAUUUUACGUCCAAGAUACGCAUAAAUUACUUGUGGAUAGACUCAAUGGAGAGGGUAUUGAGUUUACCGAGUCGGGCGAAGAAAAGACUCUGGAAAAGCUUAGUGCUGAAUCGAUAGACUCUCAUUACUAUGAGGUAGCUUCAAAUAGUGAACAGCUAGAAUUAUUUGUCAUGCAUUUGGAAGCCAAAUUAGGUAUCUCUGUUACAGGAGAUAUUGUUUCCAUCAUUCCAUCAUCAUCGGUGAUCUACAAACCUGUUAAAGCGUUGUACGAGUACCUAUUUGGAAUGUUACCUCUCUUAAAGCAACAAGAGAGUUUAAGAGCGGAGGCGAGAUCUUCGAGGAAACGAACAGUCGACUACAGUGAUGUUAAUGCGUCAAAGAAGAUGAAGGUGUAUUUGGAAGAUGAUGUGGAAGAGCAGCAUGAAGAGCCAGAUGAUGACGAAGAUGCUGAUUUCCACGAAGAUUUGGAUGAAAUAGCCCAAAUAGAUGAUGAUGAGGAUGAUGACUAUCAAGAUUAG